AUGAUGGGAAAUACACCACUUCAUAGCAAGCGACGUCUUUCCGGUGAUCUCGACGCCAAUUCUCUUGAAGACACACCUCCUCAUAUUUCUAUGGAUAUUCCUAACAAACGCCCCACCUUGUCCGAACAAGAGGGAUUUCCUCGCUCUGCCCCUAUCGGUACCAACUUCGAUCGACAGGACGUGGAUAACAUGGCUUGGAUGCUACAUGGAGCCAGCCUUCAGGACCAUGGAUCUCCCUCCAUGUCCAUUCCUAUCCCCUCUGGGUCUUCUACGCGCCCAGUCUCCUUGCCUGUGCCAUCUUCUGCUCAAGAGCUACCUCCAGUCAGUUACACUCCCGGUGAUCCAGGAAUGUUGAGUCCAGGUGUUGGGAAUGGUGGUAUUGAUCUGCCCACUGAUGUCGAGAUGACCCCUGCUACUCCCCAAAAGCAUCUUCUUCCCACUGUCUUUCGUUGGAAUGGUGGCGGACAUGAAAUUUAUGUCAGUGGCACUUUUGACAACUGGCAAAAAAAAAUACCAAUGGCUCGACGGAAAUCUGGCCACGUGGUGAUUGUGGACUGUCCCCCUGGCAGGCACGAGUACAAAUUUUUCAUUGAUGGGGCUUGGUAUCACGAUCCUACCAAGGUCAGUUCUUUCUUUUACCAAAUUUUCUAG